AUGGCAGACACUAUACACGAAAAUAAAUCUAUGAUAAUGAAUCCAAAAGUGAGGGCCAGUCGUACACACAUGCUGUUAUGUGAAUGUUGGGGUGAGGGCUUGAUUGUGUGGGAAGUGGCGCAGUGUCACAAGAAAACGCUAACAUUGCGUCGAGCUAAAGAGGAGGUCACGGGUUGGGAAGUAUCUGAGCCGCCUCUAAUAGACGUAUCUUGGAGUAAUGAAGGUCAACUUUACGCCAUUGAUCCAAACGCUAACUUAUACAGUGUUUUAUCUGAUGGAAUUGGUAUGGUGACUAAUCUCGAAUGGUCAGAGGGCUUAGAAGGCCCUAAUAAGGCUUGUUUUUGUACAUUUGGCUGCGGAUUUCUCAUAUAUGGUCCUGAUAAAUUAAUAAGGUCCCUGAAAAAGGUUGACCAUACGUGGAAAGUGGUGUGGUCCUACGAGCCCUUAGACAUUGUGACGUGCCUGGUAGGAAAUGCAACGUGUGACACUGCAGCAGCCUGGACUCAGAUCGGACUCGGCUAUCGAUUGACUGGAGAAUCCGAAGAGAAGAUCGAAGUCAAGUUACUCACAUUUAAGCAGAGAAAUAUUACAAAGAUUCAGUUGAUUGCUCCCGAGUAUAAAUAUAUUGCAACCAUAAACGACACUGGCGUCGUAUGUAUUUACAAUGCUUGGAACGCAAAUCUUGUUUCAAUUAAAUACAUCAAGGGAGAAGAUAUCUCGUUUGAAGCGAGCCCAGUAGACCCAUUAUUAGCGGUGUACGGACUAAUGGGUUCAAAUUAUGGCCUCAUGUUAGCUUUAUUAGAAGAUGGCGGGGCUGAUGAGAUCGGCGAGACAGAUGGAACUGACGAGGCAGCAGAUGGGAGUGAAUCACAUCCACGGAAAAUAAAAAGCGAGGCCAUACCAGUCGAGCCGCAACUGCGCAAAAUCACUGCCAUGUGCCUUACACAUCAAAUAGUAUCUCACGUCGUGUUCUCGCCCACAGGCCGCGAAAUAGUUGCCGGAGCCAUGUCUGCCGGCCAUAUAUUUAUUAUGCGGCUGUCCAAAGAUUACAAAUUGACUUUGGUGCGGUACACGGAACUGGGUCGUGGUCUCGCCGACUGCUUCCUGAUGAAGGUCGAAUCCCAACUUUUGGUUACUCAUCGUUACGAGCAAGGUAUCAAGCAAGCUGUUAUAGACACCGAAAAUGAGUACAUGGUCCACCUCGCUGGUAACAAAACUGUUGCUUGCGUUUUUCUUCACUCAGACGACGCAUGCCUUACCCAUGAACCUCAACAUACGAUACGGCCAGAACUGUUCGAAGAAGAUUCACGUACUAUGACCAUUAUCGAUGGCAAUGAGAAAAACUAUCUCGACCUACAAGAGGAUAAGAAAGUGCGAGAAGAAGCUAUGGAUUAUAAAAGUACUCGUGAGGAAGUUUUACGGACAUUCGAAAGCGUUCGAAAACGUCUCGUAUUACUACUGGAAGAAAACAUAGCUGAACGACCGCUGCAUCAGCUUUCACUCUCUGAGUUCAAUCUUCACCAUGAGCAUAGGAAAGAGCGGCUGAAGCAGGCGGAACGGGAGCGUGAGGAGCUGCGUCUCCAAACAGAGGCUCGUAUCCGCGCGCAGGACAAGGUGACAGCCUGGAUCAAGGCCACCUGCUGGGAUAUCAUGCUCACCCAACGUGUCAAACUCUUCGCUAUCUUCAGUCACUACCAGGUGGAGAACUAUCCAGUUUUGCCUAAUCAACGCGAUCAGUGGCCAGAACUGCAAAGUACUUUAGCGCUCCGCGGAGUGGAGAUGGACAACGAUAACGAUCUUUUCCGCCCAUGGGAGGAGCAUACUACCAGCUCGACGGAAGCUGUCGUUCCCGGUUCACACCCGCGCCUGGCGAGCAUGGAAUCCAAGAUAUCUAUGAGGUCCCCGCGUCGGAGCGUGGUGAGCGAGGGAGAGGUGGAGGCGGGUGAGGCGGGAAACCCGUACGUGUUAUCAGGCUCCGACGCACACCGGUACAUCAGCGUGCCGUCCGUCAUGCUGCAACAGAUGCAGGCCUACAGUUUCCUGCACAUGACCUCGUUACAGCAUAUCAUAAAGCUGAACGUGCAAAACAUGCGAUUGUGGUUCAAUAAACAGUUCGACGACCUCAUGAACCAAAAGAAACGUGAAGUUGGUCUCGUAGAAGAAAGGAACAAUAGACUCAGAUUUAUAAUUGAAGAGUUGAACAAGUUGUCCGACUUGCGCGGCAGUUUCCACCACCUAACAAUCAAAAUCCGCGAUCCAGAGUGGCGGCAGGAGGAGCAGCCGCACAGGCUGAUUAAGGUUGAUCCGGAGGAGGUAACAUAUAUAUUUGGAUUGAAAUUAUCAAAGGCUACUUCCAAAUUUUACUCCCUGGUUUUGAGAGAUUUACUCAUAAAUAAAAUAAAUUCCUAUCAAAAUUCCAAUCCGUUGUUUUUGUUGUGUUUCGUUCCAUUAUAUUGA